GGAGCUGUGGGAAGCAAUAUGUUGUCUGCAACAUCAAGGACAAGCAGCAAGUUUCUCAAGGUGUUGCACACAGUGGAGACAAUGUCUAAUGCGGGAUCCCGCAGCUUCACCCUGCAUUUAUUCCUCAAGCCUGCAGGGGUUACAAGCAAGGACUCUUUAACAAAGCUGUCAGAUUAUAAAAAAGCAGGGAGUUGGUUAAGCAAGUAAGUAAAGAAGAAUGGGGAAGUAAACGUGUCUUGAUUGUAUCAGGAUGGUGUUAACUGGGAAGACUGGUCUUGGAAAAAGUGCCACAGGAAACACCAUUUUGGGCAGAGAAUGCUUUCCCUCUAAAGUCAGUCAAAUGUCAGUGACAAAGGAAUGUCAAAAAGAAACAGGAAAGAUCGAUGGGAGCCGAGUCACGGUGGUGGAUACCCCUGGUUGGUUUGACACGUCUCUGUCCAAUGAACGAGUUAAACGGGAGCUUGUUAAAUGCGUCAACCUGUUGUCUCCAGGAUCGCAUGUGUUCUUACUGGUGCUGCCAGUCGGUCGCUUCACACAGGAAGAAAAAGAAACCGUGAACUUAACAAUGUUUUUUUGGAAAAAGUCUGAACAUUUCAUCAUUAUUAUAUUUACAAGAAGAGAUGACCUUAAAACACAAACUGGCAGUUACAUAGAAGAAGACAGUGAAGACCUGGUAAAACCACUCACAAUCAAAUGUGAAGGAAGAUACCAGGUUUUCAAUAACAAUGAUCAGAAGAAUCAUUCUCAAGUCAGACACCUGCUGAGCGUGGUGGAGUCAAUGGUGAGGAAAAAUGGUGGUGGAUACUACACUUUAGAGAUGUUCCAAGAAGCUGAGGAAGUCAUACAAAAGGAAACACAGAGGAACAUGACAGAGAAAGAAAAAGAGAUGAAGAAUUGCAAGCAGAAAAAAAAAUAUUGAUAGAGCAAGAAAGAGCAAAAAGAGCCAAACUGCUCAAGAAAAAAAAGGCCAGUUUAAAUAGGGAAUGCGAGAAGAGGAAGAAAGAAAAAGACAAACAAAAGAAAGCGGAGCGGGAGAAAAAGAGGCAAGAGGAAUUCAAGUAAAAUGAUUGGAAACAAAAAAUUUAAGAGGUGGAGAACAAAUUUAAACAUGAAUCAGAGAAAAAAUCUCUAGGUGACAGAAUGCUAUUAAUACGAAGUAUAGACAAAAUGAAAAAGGAGCAAGAGGCUUGGGAGAAGGAAGAAGAGAAUGGUGGGAGAAACAAAAACAGGAAUAUGAACAGAAGCAAGAGACGGAACAAAGCCAACUUAAAAAUCUCAAAAAAGAAUAUGAGCUGGAAAAAGAAAAAUACGAAAGCAAACGGAACAAAGACGAAGGAAUCAGACGGGAGCAAGAGUUAAGAGACAGGAAAGAACUUCAAGACACCAUCAUAAAGCAACUGGAAGAAAUGAGGAGCAAGCACGAAAGCAAGUCGAGGAAUCCAAUGAGUUCAAGCACAAACAGUAUAUGCAGAGGUUGGAAUAACUGAGAGAGACGCCUAAGGGCAGGGGUUUCCAAACUUUUUGCACAAAGGGCCAGAUUUGAUAAAGUGAAGAUGCCUGGGGGCCAGUAGAUCCUUCUGAUGUUUUUUAACCAAAAAGGUUCCAUGCAAAUGUACACAAUUAUGAAACAAUUUUAAUCUUCACAAUUCUCUUUAUUUUUCAAAUGGCAGUGUAACCAAAUAUAAGCCGCUCAGGCAGACGUGAACAACUCUUAAACAACAACUCUGCCUUUAAUUCAUAUCUGGGGAGUCUGAUAA